UCGAUAGCACCACACAAAAUGAAGCUAUUUGGACUCUAUUUGCUCUGGGGAAUGUUAGUACUUCAUGAAAGUACCCUGGCUGUUUUACAAAACGGAUUUGCAUUCAAGACGUCCCUAUGCGAGGGUAAAAAUGGGGGGCUCUUGCCAAUGUUCGGAUCUUGUAAAGGAUAUUACGUGUGUGCUGAUGGAAACGCUGUGACCGGAACAUGUGAAAAAAAUACGUUGUUCAAUCCCUUAACAUUGCACUGCGAUGCUCCUGACAAUGUGGAUUGCAUUUUCGACACUGUUGGUGAUGACACAUCGAGCUCUGAAAGUGAUGAAGACGAUGAAGACGAAAUGGCCAAAACUGAUCCCCCCAUUCAAGUCAAACCGACGAAAAAACCGCGGCCUACAAUCCAGGACGGAAUGUGUGCUGGCAAGAAGGAUGGAGUGAUGCUUUCAAAGACCGGAUCCUGCCAGGAAUAUUAUGUCUGCAAGGCUAAAAAGUCCCAUCUACGCACCUGUCCUGGUAAACAACACUUUAGUCCAACUCGUCGCAUUUGCAUGAAGGCCUCAGAAGCCAAGUGUUCGAGGGGAUCCCAAGAAAAUAAAGAAUUGGAUGGUCCUGCCACUACGGGUGGCGUGUGUUCAGAUGAAAGGGAAAACUCCCUUGUUGCUCAUCGAAGCGAUUGUGGCAAGUUUAUGCUCUGCAGCAACAUGAUGUUUUUGGUAAUGGACUGCCCAACUGGCCUGCACUUCAAUACCGCCUCGUCACGAUGCGAUUAUCCCAAAAUUGCCAAAUGCCAGACGAAGCGGAAUGAGAGCAAAGGCAAAUCCAAGUCAAAGAAACCUGUUCGCAAGGCGAAAAAACUUCGCUUCUAA